CUCUAUUCAGUAUUCACUUAUCCCUGUAAUCCCGAAAACUAGAUUCCUCCCGCACCUCGACGGCAUCACCCAGUUUGACAUCCGCAUCUUCGCCGUCAACUACCUGCCUCCGCCGCCGCACCACCACCACCUUAACCCAGCCCCAUCCACUAUUACUUUAUCCACCACCAUCUAAUCGAAACUCAGAAAUUCCACUUGCCACAAGUGUCUUCAGUUUUCUGAGUUGGUAAUCCAAAUCUCAAAAAACUAGGGAUCCAGUUGAAAAAUUAUGAUGGGCUAUGAAAACCAGGGUUACGAAGAAGCAGCCCAUCUCCACACUCGGAAAGAUCAGAUGACGUCGAUUACCCUCUCCGACGAUCCCUCACUUCAAUCCAACGGCUCAAAAUCGUUCCUUAACGACCCACUCUCUUCAUCUUCUCAGUUCGUCGAGAUCCCCACCGAUGAUAGUGAUCCUCUGCGUUCGACACAAACCCCAAGCCCCACCAACCAUAACUCAAUCAAUUCCAUUCUAGAACCCCCUUCUUACGCAGAAGCCGUUUUCCGAUCGUUUGAUCUCGAUUCGAUUGAUUCUGCCGAUGUCAACGGCCAGGAUCAUUCCCCAUUGGCGCCAUCGCCCUCAUUUUCAUCGAAUUACCUCAAAAUAUCUGUUUCGGAUCCACUGCGGGAGCAGGAGCUAGCAGGAGGGUCUCUUGUGCCCGGAGGAAGUUCGUAUUUCUCGUACUUGAUUACCACUUUUACGAACAUCUCCGAUUUUAGUGGGACGGAAUUUAAUGUUAGGAGAAGGUUUAAAGAUUUUGUUGCCCUAUCGGAUAGGUUAGCGGAAAGUUAUCGUGGGUUUUUCAUUCCUUUGAGGCCCGAUAAGAGUGUGGUUGAGAGCCAGGUGAUGCAGAAGAACGAAUUCGUGGAGCAAAGGCGGGCAGCGUUGGAGAAGUAUUUGAGGCGGUUAGCUGCUCACCCGGUGAUAAGGGUGAGUGAGGAACUAAGGGCAUUUCUUGAGUCCUCUUCGAAAAUAUCACUUUAUAAUAGGACGAGUGAUGCUAAUAUGGCAUCAUCAAGAACGUUGGAUGGUGAUGUGAGCGAUGCGAUGCAGCCCGCUAAAGGCGGGAUGGAUUUGUUGAGGAUGUUUAAGGAGUUGAAGCAGUCGGUGGCGAAUGAUUGGGGUGGAGUUAAGCCCCCACUCGUCGAGGACGAUAAGGGCUUUUUGGAAAGAAAAGAAAAGUUGCAAGAUUACGAGCAGCAGCUGGUUAAUGUGUCGCAGCAGGCUGAAUCACUUGUGAAAGCACAGCAAGAUAUUGGGGAGACAAUGGGCCAGCUGGGGCUAGCUUUUGUCAAAUUGACCAAGUUUGAAACAGAGGAAGCUAUUUUUGAUUCCCAAAGAACCCGCUCUAACGACAUGAAAAAUGUGGCUACAGCUGCAGUAAAAGCAAGUAGAUUAUAUCGAGAAUUAAAUGCUCAAACUGUCAAACAUUUGGAUAAGAUCCAUGAGUAUCUUGGAGUGAUGCUUGCUGUCAACAAUGCAUUUUCAGACCGAUCAAGUGCUUUCCUAACUGUACAAACUCUUUUAUCAGACCUAUCAUCAUUACAUUCAAGAAUAGAAAAGCUUGAAGCAGCUUCAUCAAAGAUAUUUGGUGGGGAUAGAUCGAGGAUUCGGAAAAUCGAAGAGCUGCGAGAAACAGUACGAGUAACUGAGGAUGCUAAAAAUUCUGCAGUUAAAGAUUAUGAACAAAUCAAGGAAAAUAAUAGAAACGAGCUGGAGAGACUAGACAAAGAGAGGCAUGAUGAUUUUGUGAACAUGCUGAAAGGAUUCAUUGUUAAUCAGGCAGGAUAUGCAGAGAAGAUGGCUAAUGUUUGGGAGACGGUUGCUGAAGAAACUAGUGGUUAUGCGAAAAAAUGAUAAUUGAAGUAAGAUCUGGUCGUAUAUAUUUGUUAAGAUGCAGAUUUUUACUCAUCGGUCUUUCACCCUAUUUUCACAUUCAUGUAAUUUUAUCUAGUGAAAAAAGAAAAGGAAAACACACAAAUUUUCAUUCAGAAAAAGCUUUUAUCUAUUGCAGGUUUGUUAGGUAUGUUGCCAUAUGAUAUAUAUGUGGAUAAUUUUGCCUUUUAAUUUGUGAAAAAUGAAAUCUCUUUGGGAAGAAGGGUCCUUCUUGAUUCGAUUCUGUUUGUUUUAGGCAUGUAAUAAUUAAUGUAUGCAUUUAACCUUUUCUUACCGUCUAGAAAAAUGUUUGG